UAUGAUGUAAAUAAUCCCUAAAUGAUUCCAGAAAAAUUAUUGGAAAAAAAUAAGAAAGUUUAAAUUACAUUAGAUACUCCCAGAAAUUUCAAAAUGUCUUAAAUUAAUCCCAAAAAAAAAUAUGAAUUGCAAAAUGGAACUAUGUUCUAAAUUACUAGAUAAUAUGGUGUUAAUGAAGAUUACAUUCACAUCUAAGAUCUCUAUAGAGGAAUUAUAAAAAGUGGAGAUUAUAAACUGCCGUUUUAAGUACCAACUAAAUUUGGUAUGAAUUCUAGUUUCUAAUAUCGAAAUUCUGAUGGUAUGAUUUUAUAUCAUAAAUUUAGGAUUAUAAUAAGCUAAAAUCUAAUAUAAAAUCUAUUUAAAAAUAAGUGAUUACUAAUCUAAUUAAGUAAUUAUAUAAAAGAGCAUUCCUGUUUAUAUUAAUAGUAGAUUUAAAUUAGUUGAAUAAAAAAGAGAGAGUGAAGGUAAUAUUGUUUAAUUCUUUUGUGUUCAUCGAGGUAUGAUUGAACUAAGUAUCAGAACUGCAAAGAAUCUUUAUAAGCCUGGAGAAGUUUUAGAAUUAGAAUACAUUUUAAAUACUACUAGAGCUUAAAGAUCAAUAACUAAAGUAGAAGUCAAAUUAAAUCAUUAUCUAAGUUUUACAGAUGAUGAUGAAAAUGAAAGAGUGAUAGAAAAUAACAUAUUAUAUACACAUGAAUUACCUGGAAUUACUGCAGGAAAGAGAAGUGAUAUUUUAAAACAUUCUAUUACAAUUCCUAAUGAUUUAACAGCCACUGUCAAAAUGUAAUUUAUUAAAAAUCAUUACAUCUUAUAAGUAUAAGCAUUUUCAGUAAUAAAAUAAUAUAUAUAUAUAGAAUGGAUUAUUAACUUCAUUAGCUAUUCCAGUUAUAUGUUAAAUUCCAAUAAUUAUAUUAGAGAGAAGAAAAUAAGACAAGCCAAAUCUUGAUGAUUGGAAAUUUAAUAUCUAAUCACAAGAUAAUAAUUCAUUUUACUAAUUUACAUCAUAAUAAUAGUAAUUAUUUAAUUGA